GUCUGGAGUUCCAGUAGGUCGUGAUGAAGAGAACGAUAGCAAAAAACAGUCGCCUCUGAAGUGGAGGCUAAGCGAGGAGUGACAGAAGAAAAUUAUGGAUGACGAAGAGUUAGCAGCUCUUCGGGCUAGGCGCCUUGGAGAUCUUCAAAAGGAAUUUGGCGGGAAUGGACCAUCAAAUGCUGACCGUGAAGCCGAGCAGAAGGCAAAGGCAGAAGAUUUCAAAAAUCAGAUCUUGAAUCAAGUGCUGACUCAGGAAGCAAGAGCCAGAUUGAAUACUAUUGCUUUGGCCAAGCCUGAGAAAGCAGCCCUUGUUGAAAACAUGAUAGUGAGAAUGGUUCAGAUGGGACAGAUUCAAACCAAGCUUCAAGAAUCCAGCCUUAUCAACCUUUUGGAAAGAGUCAGUGAGCAAACACAAAAAAAGACUACCGUGAAGUUUGACAGGCGCAGGGCUGGCAUGGACUCUGAUGAAGACUAUUAAGGCAAGAAUAAAGAUUUUUGUACAAGAUUUGACAUCUCAUCUCUCUAAUAAACAUAAUAGCACAUGCAACUGAC